GAAAGGAUAGCCGGAUGUUAUAUCUUUCAUUGCGGCUCGCUUAACGUUCAUCACUGUUAGCGUUAGCAUUUCGCUCUACACAAGGACUUUGUAGCUUUAAGCUACUUUAAACGACAGACAGACACAAAUGAACAUAUGUAUAUUUUUAUCGUUUGCACCCGAAGCUAAAACAUUAUUUCCGGCUGCGGUUCUGUUCGUCUUUGACAUGACCGUUAUCGUACUUGUAGCCAACGUGGCUAAUGCUAACUAGGCUAGGUAGCCGCUGUGCUGUCAAGAGGGCAGAGCAGAGUUUGUCCAUGUGGUUGAAGUUAAAGUUACGAUUUAACUACAUUUGUCUUGUAAUGCUACCAAAGUCAAAUAUUAGAAUAGUGUCCUAGUUGUAUUUAGAUUAGCAUACAGCAGAAUGAGGGUUUGUUGUGGUGUUAAAACACUGCAGGUGAUCAGCAGAGUCUUCAUCUAUCCUGUCAAUACAACAGCAGCAGUGAGGUGGCGAGCAGCUCAGACCAGACUCUUCUGCAGCCCUCCAACAGGUGAGGAAAAGCCCCGACCCUCCAUGCUGCGACACCUGACCUCCAAAAUAAAAGCCACAGGUCCGAUUCCGGUGUCAGAGUACAUGAGAGAGGUGCUCACCAACCCUGUGACGGGUUAUUAUGUCAGGAACAACAUGCUGGGACCUGACGGGGAUUUCAUCACAUCACCAGAAAUCAGUCAGAUUUUCGGCGAGCUGCUCGGAGUGUGGAUCAUCAGUGAGUGGAUGGGAGCAGGUCGACCCAAACAGCUGCAGCUGGUCGAGCUCGGACCUGGAAAAGGAUCGUUGGCCGGUGACGUCCUCAGAGUGUUCAGUCAGUUGCGGUCCGUGCUCGGCGAGGCCUCGGUGUCUCUCCAUCUGGUCGAGGUGAGUCCGGCUCUGAGUCGUAUCCAGGCCCAGAAUCUGACCGGGAACCGCAGCCAGGAGGCAGACGCCGAGGAUGAGCAGGUCUACCGCCGCGGGGAAACUGCUGCCGGGCUGCCGGUGUCCUGGUACCGUUGCCUAGACGACGUCCCCACAGGAUUCAGCAUCUUUCUCGCUCACGAGUUCUUUGACGCUCUGCCGAUCCACAAAUUUCAGAGGACGCAGAAAGGAUGGAGGGAGGUGAUGGUGGACAUCGACCCAGAGAAGGAGGACCAGCUGAGGUUUGUCGUGGCACCGUCUCCCACUCUGGCCUCGUCCACGCUCGUACAGGCAGGUGAAAGGCGGGAUCACGUGGAGGUGUGUGCAGAAGGCGGAGUCAUCAUCCAGCAGCUGGCCCGGCGGAUCGCAGAGGACGGCGGCGCGGCACUGAUUGCCGACUACGGCCACGAUGGAACCAAGACGGACACGUUCCGAGGUUUUAAAGGUCACCAGCUCCAUGACGUCCUGUCCUCCCCCGGCUCGGCAGACCUCACCGCUGACGUGGACUUCAGCUACCUGCGGAGGAUGGCUGGAGGGGGCGUGGCCUGUCUGGGACCUGUCGCUCAGAGGACGUUCCUGAAAAACAUGGGCAUCGACUCCCGACUGCAGGUUCUGCUGAGGAGCUGCAGCGACGAGUCCACCAGGAAGCAGCUGAUCGGCAGCUACGACAUGCUGACCAACCCUGCCAAGAUGGGCGAGCGCUUCCACUUCUUCAGCCUGCUGCACCACAGCCGGCUGGCCAAACCAAAGAAACCAGAGGGGCUGAAGCUGGAGAAGAAGAGCCCGGCACCGCUGCCUGUGGCCGGAUUCACCAAGCUCAGCUUCUCCUGAGGGUUUUUAACGGUCCAGAGACUUUCAUCAACAGGUCAGAGAAGUCUGGAAAUGAUCUGAACUUUUCUAGAGGUUUUGGAGCUCAGACAGACAUUACAGGAUAUUUCAGAUCAUGGUCAUGGGACAAUACUGUUUUUACAGCUGACAUAAAAAAAUUGCAGAAGGAUGACAGUCAAUUGUAAAUUUUGGAAAAUAAAACAUUUGUGCAAUUUUUGA